AUUAAAGAGGCCGCCUGUGGGCAUAAUUCAUACGAUGUUCAUACGUAUAAAUACCUACAUUGAAUCAAUCUUUAUAAGAGGAGUUGCAGUAUGGCGAUGCGACACGUCACGGGAGCGCCCGAUGAAUAAUCAAGAGGGGAGGGGGCCCGCGCAUGCGCGCAACAAACCCGAGUGAGACACCGGCGCGCGUGCCGCAAUCCUGUAAAUAAAUGAAAUAAAUACGCUAGUGCAUAGAGAACGCUAGUGUUAUUCUCCAGUGGCAGAGCUAGCGAUGGCGGAGCCGGGCAGCGCGGCGGUGUCGGAGGCUCCCAGCAGCGGCAGCGAGGACUCCGACUGCGAGGAGGCGGCGGAGCAGGAUGACGCCGCGCUCACCGAGGAGUGGGCCAGGGAACUGCUGGCCGAAGUGGGCGUGGUCAACGCUGAUGAGGUCCGAGUGGAGUCCCGAGCCGGCGUGGCCAGCGCUUUGAGCCGCGUGCUCGCCGUGACCGUGCGCUACGAGGCGGGCGGCGAGCGGCGCUCCCUGCCUCUGGUCGUCAAGCUGCCUCCUCGGGACCCCUUCGGCCGGCUGUUCGUAGCUGAAGCUCAGUUCGACACUCGGGAGAUCCUGUUCUACACGGAGCUGGCGCCGGCGCUGAACCGCCUGGCGGAGGAGGCGCUGGGCCCGGGCUCGGGCCUGCCCAUACCGCGCUGCGUCAAGGCGAGACUGCCAGAUGAGAUAGGCGGCGACAGCGAGCUGGUGCUCGAGGACGUGACGUCGCACGGCUACGAGGCGGUGGACUUCGCGGAGGGGCUGACGGUGGCCCGCGCGCGCGCCGCGCUCCACGCCGCCGCGCGCCUGCACGCGCUGUCGCUGGCGCUGCGCGAGCGCGAGGGGCCGCUGGACCAGCGCUUCGACUUCCUGUUCCCCUGCGAGCGCGCGGCCGCCGGCUACCUGCGCCUCGUGCGCCGCGGCCUGCCGCAGUUGCAGGCCUUCCUGCAGGGCCGGCCCGACUGCGAGCCCGAGGCGGCCGCCGUGGCCGCGCUGGCCGCCCGCGCGCCCGCGCUGCUCUCCACGCUGCUGCAGCCCGCCGAGCCCGCGCCGCUCGCGCACGCCGACUUCUGGAGCGGAAACCUACUGUUCAGGGAGACGGAGGGAAAGUGUGAAUGUAUCGCGUUGGACUGGCAAAUGGUGUCGCUGGGCCGGCCGAUGGACGACGUGGCGCUGCUGAUGCUGUCGUCGCUGACGCCGGAGAUCCGGCGCUCGAUGGGGGACUCGCUGAUCGAGGAGUACGGGGAGCGGCUGGAGGCGGAGUGCGCGCGGCUGGGCGUGGCGGGCGCGGGCACGGCGGCGCGGCGCGGGCUGCGCGCGGACUGGGCGCGGGCGGCGCUGCGGGCGCUGCUGCUGUGCGCCGGCAGCGUGGACGUGGCGCUGGGCGAGCCGCGCGCCGAGCGCCGCCUGCUGGAGGCCGUGCGCGACCUGCGCGCGGGGGCCGUACUGGACCUGCAGCCCGCCGCCGCCGACUGAGCACCCGCCGCCCCCGCGCCCCCCGGGGGGAACAUCACUGGACUAUCGUGCCGUCGCGUCGUUAAUUUAUGAGCAGUAAUCAUACUUUACAUCAUUUUAUUUACCCACCCAUCCCAAAAUAGUGCCAGUAGAUUAUUUAAUUUAAAACCGAUACGGUGCACAAAUACAGAUUGUGAGGUAAUGUAGGUGUAGUUAAUAAUUAUGAAGUUAGUUAACAAUGGAGUUGACAAUCCCCUGACGGUAUGAAGCCUAAAUGAUUCUAAUGAAAGACUGAAUUUAAGUGUAUCUACCUGUACCGUACGCCCUGAGAGCAUGUGUGGUGCGGUUAUAAUUAGGUAAAUUUAUUCUUAGUAAUAUAAUGUAUGAAGUAGGUAAUAUGCUCAUCGUAAACGGCUAGAAUUUUAAUUUUUCAGUCUAUUGACUAUUAUUUAAUUUGGAAAUAAAGUUAUUAAAACAUAAAA